AAAAAAUCCCCUUCUCCACGAAAUUAGGGAUCGCGCUCGCGCUCCCGUUUUCGUGCGAAAAAUUGAAACCUUUAUUAAUAAAACUAGGGUUCGGGCUCGUGCUCCCAAUUUCGUGUGAAAUUAAAAAAACCUUGAAUUAGAACUAUCUCGAUUCUUGGUUUGCUGGGGAUUGUUAAAUGAGAACGCUGGCUCGAGCUCUUCUCAAAGCUCGAACCUUUUCUCGUGCUCGGCAAGGAUUGCAUGCUGCCCCAAAUAAAUUGGAUAAAAGUGAGAAGAAAAGUGACUGGCUUGCUCGUUCUUUCUCAAAACCCUCGCAAAUUAAAGAAUUCAAGAGAGUUUUUGAUGCGAGGGCGCUGUCCCUGAGGUCUCUUUCGAGCUAUGCAGAAAAUGAUUCCACUCAAGAGCUAGAUGGUGUGGAUGCUGGAAAGAGAGGUCCUUUGUAUGAGUAUGAGCGGAGAGUUUCAUCGGGGGAACUUGUUGAUGGUGAUAGCUUUCAGGUUGAUACCCUUCAAUUGCUACAAGGGCUCUAUGACCAGCUAGUCGAGAAUGAGGAUAAGUGCCGAUUGGAUAGAUAUAAAGCAUCUGAAAAAUCUGGGAGGAGUAGGUGGUUAUGGUCGCGUCUCAUGCCCCAGUCUUCUUCUUAUUCACCAGUUAAAGGGCUGUAUCUUUACGGAGGAGUAGGGACUGGAAAGACAAUGCUUAUGGAUUUGUUUUAUGAUCAGCUACCAUCUACCUGGAGGAAGAAAAGAAUACAUUUCCAUGAUUUUAUGUUGAGCGUCCAUAGUCGCUUACAGAUGCAUAAAGGAGUAGAAGAUCCGCUCGAAGUUGUUGCAGGGGAAAUAUCAGAUGAGUCAAUUCUUUUAUGUCUCGAUGAAUUUAUGGUGAAUGAUGUUGCUGAUGCUUUGAUAUUAAAUCGUCUUUUUGGGCAUCUUUUCAGCAAAGGAGUUGUCCUGCUCUCCACUUCAAAUCGUGCUCCAGAUAAUCUUUACGAAGGUGGUCUUCAGAGGGAUCUUUUCUUACCAUUUAUCGCUACCCUAAAGGAAAGAUGCACUGUUCAUGCAAUUGGUUCUUCCACAGAUUACCGAAAAAUGACUUCUGCUGAGCAGGGUUUCUAUUUUAUUGGACAUGAAUACUCUGGACUUCUUAAAGAGAAGUUUCAGCAGUUAAUUGGGAAAGAAACUCCUGGCCCACAAGUUGUGGAAGUUGUUAUGGGAAGAAAGCUGCAGGUUCCACUAGGGUAUAAUGGAUGUGCAUAUUUUUCAUUUGAAGAACUCUGUGACAGACCUCUGGGAGCUGCAGACUAUUUUGGGUUGUUUAAGAAGUUUCAUACAUUAGCACUUGAAGGUGUCCCAAAAUUUGGGAUCCAUAAUCGUGCAGCAGCCUAUCGGUUUGUUACACUUGUUGAUGUGAUGUAUGAGAACAAGGCCAGAUUGUUGUGUACAGCAGAGACAUCUAUGGCAGAACUUUUUGAAAGAAUCGUGACGGUUGCUGAUGCCCAAAAGAUAUCUCCUAGAACAUCUUCUCGAUCACUGAAAAAGGAUGAUGUUGACCUCUGUGUGGACAAUGAGCUAGGAUUUGCCAAGGACCGGACCAUUAGCAGAUUGACAGAAAUGAACAGCAAGGAGUACUUGGAGCAGCAUGAGGCCAGUUUGCGGGAAUCAGCACACCCAGGAUAAUUUUGGGUGAUUAUUUAAA